UGGCUUGAUGAUGUCACAGCAGAGGAAGAGGAUCUCAUCGGAGCAGGAAGCGAAUGGCUGCACGACUCCAGAGAAACGCAACCAAGUCCUUUUUAUAUUUUAGAAUUUUUGUCUCGCCAACAUGUAGUUGAGUAGACACUAGGGCCAAACGUUAGUGGGCAGGAAUGUAUCUUACAUUUGUGUAGACGCAUCGGAUGUCAGCUGUCGUACAGAUUUCUGUAACUUAGAAGGGGAGUAGCCAGCAGGCGCACCAUAGUUGGCAAACAGAACCGAGGGGCCAAGAUGAAGGAGGUAAUGGGUUGUGGCAUGAGAUCGUCGGUGGGGUUCCUGUCCCGAAGAAAAAUCACCGGGCACACUUUUAUGAAGGAAGAAUUCCAGCGACGUAGACUGGGUGGUUGCACCAGCCUAUACAAAAAAGACCUGCUGGGCCAUUUUGGAUGCGUGAACGCUAUAGAGUUCUCCAACAAUGGAGGAGAGUGGCUUGUGUCCGGUGGGGAUGACCGCAGGGUGCUGCUGUGGCACAUGGAGAAGGCCAUCCACUCUCGCGCCAAGCCACUCAAGCUGAAGGGAGAGCACCUGUCCAACAUCUUUUGUCUGGCAUUCGACAGCACCAACAGGAAGGUGUUCUCUGGAGGGAAUGAUGAGCAGGUGAUCCUUCAUGAUGUUGAGAGGGGCGAGACUCUCAACGUGUUCCUCCAUGAUGACGCAGUGUACGGCCUGUCCGUCAGCCCUGUAAACGACAACGUAUUCGCCAGCUCCGCCGAUGAUGGUCGAGUCCUCAUUUGGGACACUCGAGAGCCUCCACAUGGAGAACCCUUCUGUUUGGCGAGUUACACCUCGGCGUUCCACAGCGUGAUGUUCAACCCGGCGGAACCUCGGCUGCUGGCCACCGCCAACUCUAAAGAGGGAGUGGGCCUUUGGGACAUCCGCAAGCCACGCAGUUCCCUGUUGCGGUACGGCGGGAGUCUGUCGUUGCAGAGCGCCAUGAGCGUGCGCUUCAACAGCACGGGCACUCAGCUGCUGGCACUGCGCAGGCGUCUGCCCCCCGUGCUCUACGAGCUGCACUCGCGCCUGCCCAGCUUCCAGUUCGACAACCAGGGCUACUUUAACUCCUGCACCAUGAAGAGCUGCUGCUUCGCAGGCGACAGAGACCAGUACAUCUUGUCUGGAUCUGAUGACUUCAACCUUUACAUGUGGAAAAUCCCGAAAGACCCUGAAGCAGGAGGUCCAGGUCGUGUGGUGAACGGGGCCUUCAUGGUUCUGAAGGGUCAUCGCUCCAUCGUCAACCAGGUCCGCUUCAACCCUCACACCUACAUGAUCUGCUCCUCCGGGGUGGAGAAAGUCAUCAAGGUGUGGAGUCCGUACCAGCAACCCGACAGCAUUGGAGACUUGGAGGGCCGUGUGGAGGACAAGUCCCGGAGCCUGUACACCCACGAGGAGUACAUCAGCCUGGUGCUGAACAGCGGCAGCGGCCUGUCGCACGACUACGUCAGCCAGUCCAUCCAGGAGGACCCGCGCAUGAUGGCCUUCUUCGACUCGCUGGUGCGCCGCGAGAUCGAGGGCUGGAGCUCCGACUCGGACAGCGACCUGAGCGAGGGCGCCAUCCUGCAGCUGCACGCUAGGGGGCGCCGUUCCACGCGCUCCACCAACUCGGCGACGGCGGUGGUGACCGCUGCGGUGACGGCCGCCACGGCUGCUGUUGGAGAGGUCGGCGGGAUGCGCUCGCUUCCCUCGGCGGGUAUCCUUGGGGUCGCCAAUGAUGAUGACGGCGGUCACAGCAGUAGCUCGGAGAAUGCGUCACUGCUGGUCGCCCAGUUGUCAGAUGAUGAGGAGGAAGAGGAGGAGGAGGAGGAGGAGGAAGUGGAGGAGGAGCAGGAGCAGGCGGACCUGGACGGUGAGGUUCUCCCGAGGAGGCGGCGGGGUGCUGUCCGCCGGCGCCGCUCGGCCUUCAUGCUGGACCUGGCCAACGACGACUCGGACUCGAGCAGCUUCUGGUUCAACCCGGUGCCGCGGCCACGCUCGCCCAGCCCGCCGCUGGACCGCACCGUCCUCUUCAGCGAGCUGCGCACGCCCUCGGCAUCGGACUCUUCCUCCUCGUCCUCCUCCUCCACCUGGAGCCCGACGUCCUCCAGCAGCGAGGGCCAGCAUCAGCAUCAGCAGCAGCAGCAGCAGCAGCAGCAGCCACCACAGCAGCCGCCGCAUGAGGAGGAGGACGAAGAAGAGCAUCAGCAGAGGCGUCGCUCGGACACGCGUCAGCGCAACGCGGCUCGCCGGAGGCGCCGCAGCCGCAUGCACCUGCCCAGCCGCGACGCGGACGACCGGCCGGCCACCGCGCAGGACCUCUACCCCACGCACGACCCCUGCAGCUACCCCAAGAUCACCAUUGACGAUCCCAGCUCCUCUUCCUCGUCCUCGGGGGAGACGGGAUGCGCCGACGCAGAGGCGAGGCCGCGGAGCCGCAGAAGCCUCCGUCACCGUGGAGACAGCCCCACCCGGUCGCCUGGUAACCGUCCGGAGACUAGGUUCGGAGGACGAGUGUCGUCCAGAAGCCCCUCCCCUACAGACAGCGAACUACGGUGUAUGAUGCUAGCGGGAGUGAAGGAUGACAAGAAACGAGAGAACGAGAGCGGAAGGAGAGAGAGAGCGGGCAAGGAGGGCUUUGCUACAUCUCGUGUGGACUUGUUGGCCUCGGAAGAUCCCACAAGGAAUUCCGAGGAUCCCCAUCAGAAUCUCCCUGGAAUUUCUGGUACAGCAGAAGAGCUAGCCGAUGACCCAACAGACUCUAAGACGCAGGAAGGAAGCGCAACAUUGAGGGUGACCAAACGGACUCGCCGGGGGUCACAACUUGACCCCGAGGGAUCGUCACUAGGGCCAGCAGAGGGGUCAGACGAAGGGGCGCCCUCAGAGAAGAAGCUGAAGACUUGAAGACAAUGGCUUCAUGUCACUUCAGACUGGCUCUGGUUUUCUAAUUCUAAAGGUUUUUUGGGGGGUUGGGGGGGGGUAAUAGGCACAGAGGGUUUGUACAAUCUGUGUGUGUGUGUGUGUACAUGUACAUUUGUGUGUGUGUGUGAGAGUGGAUGUCUGUUUUUCAAUUGUUCCUUUAAAAGAGGAGGUCCGUUGGCCUUGCUGGACACUAAAAGCAGACAUAACCUGAGAACUGCUAACCACAGCUGUCGAUGAAAAAAUGGCUUUUGCCAAUUCUCUCAUCUGCUUUUCUCUCACUUGUUAAUUUCAUGUUAAUCGUCUCCUCCGCCCUGACCCCUGAAGUGGUCAUCCUGUCUGCUGUGUCAGUUGUGUUCCUCUGGCCUGUGGUAAAACCAUGCAGAAGACCCUAAAAUUGAAAGAUAAAUAAGUAAAAUAACCAGCGAUUUAAAAAAAAAAAGUUUUAUUAUUUGUGUAUUUGCUAAUAAUUUAGUUUGGUAAGAAAUAUGUAUGCGGUACAUAUUAUUGUUCUUUUGUUUUGUUUUUAUUUGUAUGGACAGAAAAGUACUAUCACCUCUUGACAGAAGAAAAUGCUAAACAGCUUUGGUUUGCCUCUUAGGACUUCAAGUCUGCUGGAUUUGUUAAAUCUUUGUUGAACUUGUUCACUACCGUAUAUGACAAGAUGAGCGCAUGGUUUGAGUUGUGGAUGUUUUCUCCAUGGGCAGAGAGAGAGAGUGAUUGUGUGUGUAUGCGUAUAUGUGUGAGAAAGACAGAGAGAGAGAGUGUGUGUGCUUGUGUGCUUUUGGGCUGAGGCUGUGGCCAUUGGUUUGGGAGUUGGUUGGAAAAUUCUGUUUCCAUAGCAAUUCUGUUGAGCACCAUCUGUUUGAGUUGUGCAUUAAAAUUCUUAUUCUGUCA